ACCGUCCUAUAUAAGGACCCUUUAUGGCCUUCAAAUUUCUUCUCCAUUUAUUUCCACCUUCCUUCUCCAUAGUGUUUUCUGCUCUCUGAGUUCUCCAUUAUCACCAACCCAAUUCUUCACUUCCUCUGUUCAAAGCUUAUCUCACUCCUCACACCCACCAAAUCGGUUGCCCAAACAUCUACAAAUGCUUUGACUCGAAACUUAAUUUUCAACUUCUUUAGCUCUUUUCUUUCGUUACCUACAUCGGACAAGAGUAGAAGAAAAGAGAGGAGUGACUGUGUUGUUUUAAUGGCGUCUUCAGAGAAUUUGGCUAGUACUAUCGAACCAUGGGCGUUCAGACCCACUUUCGUCGGCGGAGACUGUUGGUUCUCGGAGCUUUUCACCCGAGACGCCGAUUCUAUAACCAAAGCCCUUCAAAAAUCGCUCUCGAAUUCCACUAACCAGCCCGAAACUCCGUUGAUCUCACCGACGUCGUUUUCGGACGGCCCUUUCAAGCCCGACCUAGUUCAGACCCCGACCGUUUCUGGUAUUUCCGGGUCGGAUCCUGAGUUGUUCGCCCCAAAACGCCAAAGGGUCAACCCGGUGGUUCCUCCAACUUCGACGAUGACUACCACCACAACCGGCAAGGUAUCUAAAAGAAAGUCCCGAGCCACGAAAAGGUCUCAGACGACCUUCAUAACCGCAGACCCUGCUAACUUCCGACAGAUGGUCCAGCAAGUCACAGGCGUCAGAUUCGGCUCGGCUCAGUUUCCAACAGCGGCUUCGGCGCCGAUCCUGAAACCGGAGCCACAGAGACCCUGCAGCCGGUUCCCGAUCACUAGCGGGUGCCUUCCGACGCUUGACACCUCAGCUUUUCUCCUUGAUCAGCAGCCCGUGGUGGGGUCCAUGUCCUCGCUGGUGAGCUCGGCGCCGCCUCUCUCUACUUUCUCUCCGGGGAUGGGAGGUGACGGAGUAUUGGGUGCCGGCGGUGGAUUGGAUUUCGACACAUUCCCGAGUUUUCCUACUUUGGAAUCAUGGAAAGUGAUGUGAUAGAUAGUUUUUUUUACUUCACUUUUUUCGUUUGUCUAAUUUUAUGAAUAUGUUUUUUUUUUCUUUUCUCUGUGAGAAAGGAUUUCAAUGUUUUUGGAUUAGUAAGUUAGUAUUACUAAUUAGAUGAGACAAUGUUGAGGAUUGGGGGAUAAGAUCUUUGUUAAUAUUAUAGGGGAGAAGUUCUUUUACAUUAUUUCUUUUAAUAGAAUCUAUGGGGAUGUAUUUUGGUUCUUACACGGUAAAUCUUGUAUUACUAUUUUUAACUCUUACCACUA